UUGGAACGGGUUUGCCUUGCGUACGAUUUGGCAGACCGAAUCAGUUUCUUGGCCGAUCAUCAGCCGGUUAAUAGGGUCGCGUCGCUUCACGGCUCAUCGCUACCAUCGCACAGAGCCGAAAGCGUGUCCGAAAAAUCCUGCCCGAGAACGAUGGUUGCACGUGGUGGUACCGCGGCAGACGAUUUAAUUCCAAGUUUGCUGUUCAUCAGCAUCGUUACCGUACUGUUGACGCGCGGGACCCUUUCCUAUCGCUAUCAUUAUGAAGAUUAUGACACAAUGAUGGGUACAUGCCGGGAGAAUGAGGUGUGCAACAUCGUUCACCAUCGCCACUGGAUGCCGAGCACGGUGGACAAAGUGUGCCGCUGUCCGCUCAACACACCCAGCUGCCCGGUAGUGCAUACGCGCCACGGGAACGUGAUGAACGUGAACAGCCGGACGCAGAUGAAGUUCUGCGCACCGCUGCGUGAUCUACGCCCGUGUCGCGACGGCGAGAUUGCACUGCGCCGCAAAACGCUCUACCAAUCGUACGGUGUUAAAAAUGUAUCGAUCGUUGUCGACUGUCUGUGCGACCAUCGGCAGAGCUACUGGACGUUUCACAAUCGUUCCGGGGAAGACUUUAACGAUGCACGGCAUUUGUUUACGGUGGUACAAAACUACAAGUGCGUAGCAAUGAAACGUUGCGCACCGCACGAGUUCUGUGGCUAUGGGCGGCGCGAUUAUGGAUUUAUCUAUCAUCGCUGCACCUGCCCGAUGUCGCACCAGUGUAAAUUCGAUCUGGACGAGUACGACGAUGACGUCAGUGAGCUGUUUUAUCAAGGACCGGCCUACUUAGCCCGGUGCGUCCCAAUAUACGAUUACGACUGGUGGUGAGAUCGCGCUGUACUUACUUGGACGGAUUGGGAGGCCAUCGUUUUCGUCACCGAACGUGCACGAUCUUCGAAACGCUCCGGCGGUACGGUUUCGGUCACCAGCCCAUAAUCCAACGCAGCGGUUGCCGUUAAACGUUUGCCCUGCAGAAACAGAUCCGUCGUCUGUGGGACAGUGAAAGGGGGGAUGAAAUAAAAACGGUGCCAUCAACAAAUU